GAUGUCAUCACACCGCGACAAAUUAAACGUUGAUGAAAUCGCUUGUAACGUGUAGGUGCUUUGAUACUUGUCAUGCUGGUUUUACAGAAAUGUUUUGCUGUUUUACGUUCACCAUUUUUUUCGAGGACGAUGCUGACUGUCAGCCGGUUGUUUCGCAGUCGUUCAGCGCCGUCUAGACUCUGUGCUGUGGCUUCCUGUCGUCCUCAAGGACCGCCGAAGACCAGGACGGGGCUCCUCUCCGCACACGACAAGAGUAGUUUUCAUAUUUUAUUACCUGCUGACAGAUGUAAAGCUCGUCUUAGCAGUUAUAGACGAUUCUCAACUUCACCCGGUAUCAGAAGUGACUCUAUUGGAAAAAUCCAGUCAACACAUUAUCACCUCAUUUACACAUGCAAGGUUUGCUCUACUAGGUCCACGCAGAAGAUAUCCAAGCAGGCUUAUCACAAAGGUGUUGUGAUAGUGACAUGUUCAGGAUGCAAGAACCACCAUAUCAUCGCUGAUAACCUCAACUGGUUCUCUGACCUGGAAGGGAAGAGGUUGGAGAAACAUCGAGGAAAUCCUUGCUGCCAAAGGAGAGACUGUGAAGAGAUCGAAGGAAGUGCUGCUUUGGAGAUAGUGGUGGAUGAAUCUAGGAGAGAGAAGUCACAAUGUGUGGAAGACAGAGAGAAAUCAGACGAUGACCUAGAAAAACAAUGAUGCAGUGCUUAUAAUUUACGUGCAUAUUGUAAUUAAAAAA